AUGGCGCCCACCGUCGUGCUCAUUCGUCAUGCCCAGGCCUUGCACAAUAACUACUCGAUCCACGACCCUGAGCUCUCAUCACUGGGUGUAGAACAAUGCAAGGAGCUGCGUCAGAAUCUUUCUCAGAAAUUUGGCAACGAGACGGAUGCCAUCAUCAUUGUCAGUCCAAUGAGGCGGACUAUCCAGACAGCCCUCCUCUCGCUCGAUUGGUUGAUCAAGAAUGGGGCGCCAAUUCAAGCUGAUGCUCGAUGGCAAGAAAACUCGGCAAAGCCGUGUGAUACAGGAAGCUCUAUCGCUGAAUUGAGUGUGGAAUUCCCUGGCGUUGACUUCUCUUCUGUCGACCCCGUCUACCCAGACAAGACUUCUCCUGCUGGGGCCCACUAUUCCUAUACCAAGGAGGCUAUUCUCGGAAGAGCUCGAUCAUCCAUCAACAGCAUCUAUGAGCGAAAGGAGAAGCUGGUUUUUGUGGUUUCGCACUCGGGUUUCUUGCGACUCGGGGUGACGGGGCACUGGUUCUUCAAUGGCGACUACCGAGCAUUCGAGCUUUACAAAGGCGAUGAACCUGAUAGCAACCCUGGGCUCCGACAGCUUCAGUCAACUAUCAGUGGCGGUCUAGGUAAAUCCUGGACAGACCCUGUCGUCAUCGGCUCUGGCUUGCCGGUUCUGGAGACCUCUAUUGCAGACAUUCAGAGUAGCUGA